GUUUGAAGGCGAAAAAGUGCCAUCCCUUGGGCCAUGAGUGACAUAGGUUUGCCUCCACCGCCACCGCCGCCCCCUCCUGAAGAAGGUGGAGAGGCAUAUGGUAGCAAUCCUUUUGGCGCCCUUGUGCAGCCUCCACCUCUUGUUCUGAGGUGCAAAGUGGUGUUGCUCGGGGACUCGGCAGCUGGCAAGACUUCACUGGCCAAAGUGUUCCAGGGAGGUGCGCAAAGCUUUCCCAAGAACUACAACAUGACAAUAGGCGUUGACUUCCUUGUGAAGCGUGUCAACAUUCCUGAGACAAAUGUUGCCGUGGAGCUGUACAUCGUGGAUUGUGGUGGUUUUUCUGUGUGCCAGGAUUCGUUGAGGCCACAAUGGGAGACGGCCAAUGCCAUGAUGCUCGUGUACGAUGUCGCCAAUCCUGAAAGCUUGAGCCACUUGGAGGAUUGGUACGCUCAGUUGAAGUACGCGCGAGGAGAGUCUGCCAUUUCAGGAGUCGUGAUUGCGACCAAGACAGACUUGAUGGAUCAGCCUGGCUGCAUACCAGUCGAGCAGGGGCAUCAAUUUUGCGCCGAAAGGGGUCUCGAGAUGCACUGGAAGUCGAGAAGAGAAGACGAAAGGAGAUCCUCAGCACCCAGGUUAUUCGAAACGUGCUCUUCUAGAGGAGUUGUGGAUGCACCGUUCCACUUCAUAGCCGAGCGCUUUUACCACAAGUAUGGAGAGCGGAAACAGGAGUUGGAGAAUCUUCACUGAGAGAUCUCCUGUGUCACUGCCCAGUUCAGGGAAGCCCCAGUUUGGUGAAUUCCUUGAGAAUAAGAAGAGAGAGAAUGAAUGAGAGACAGAGAGAGCUCUAACCUUGUCUAAAC